AACAUGUACUUUUAAGUUAUCUUACUGUUUAUCAUUUGUUUCUGCAUAUAAAGUUUGUAUUUAUUUUAUAUUCGUUAUAAUCAAAGAAUUAUCGUCGAAUCGUGUUUGAUUAUAUAUUUUCAAUGUGAACUGAGAUUUACAUAGUUUAAUGAAAACAAAAGAAAACAAAAAAAACAAAAAUACCAAAAAGUAAUAAAAGAUUUUUGUUUACUAAUGAAUGUUACAUUAUUUGCAUACGACAAGUUUUAAUUAAAAAAAAAAAUUAAAAAAAAAUAUGUCUAAUAAUCAAGAAAGUGUCAGUAUGUCUAACACAGAGGAACAACGUGAAAAAAUGAAGAAAGAACUUGAAAAAGUGGGAAUGUAUCAGCCAAAUGUUCCUUACGAUUAUAUGAAGCAGGUAUUUGAUGUAUUACAAGAAUCUAGAGAAAUGUCGAAUAAUACGGCAAAUCAAAAGGAUUUGUCACAUUCCAUUAAUGAUAUAACCAAUAAAUCAGACGUAACGAUUAAAGGAGGAGAUUCUAUAUCGGAAACAGAUAAUAACAGAGCUAAACCAAGUUGUUCGUACAAUACACAUUGUAACAAUGUUAAUUCGGAAUCACCUAAACCACGUAACAAGAGAAACAAUAAGAAAAAAUGUACGGACGACAACGAUGGAAGCGACAAUGGAGUCACAAUGGAUAAAAAUAUGAUGUCACGUUUAAGAUCAAAGAACAAUUCACAAUUACAAGAGUGUUGUAAUUUACGCGAAGAUAAUAAAAAAAUGUCAUCCAUACAAAAAGAUUUUCAAUAUCAUAACAAUAGAUGGAAGAUCAAUCCGUUAGAUUCACAAUCUAAUCCGAACGAUGUGUCAUUGCAACAACCAAAACGAUCAUCAGUUCAAGAACGUUUACCUUUCAGACUUUGCAAAGGUACGCACACCGAAGAAGAAUCAAUUAAAAUAAUGAACGACUUGAAUAAUCAUUUGAAAAAUAUGGCGAAUCUGUUAAGUUGCCAUGGUACGACCGAAUUGAAGUUUCAAUGGGGGACACCCAUUCAGGUGUGUAACUCCAAACCUCAUUAUUGCCGUUGACUCGCAUAUACAAAAUUAAUAACUACUAUUUUUCUUUUUUUCACAAUAUGCGUCUAUCCCUUUUUUUUUUUUCUUCUUCUUCUAUUUAAUACAAUUUAAAUCUUGUGUAAUAUGACAUAUCUACCGAAGAUUAUUAUUAUUAUUA